AUGUCCGAAGACUUUUUGGAGCUCGAGAUCAAACUCGAGAGAAUAAGAACUCAGAUAAAUUCUAAACUCGAGAACCAGAAAAACCUCGCGGUGAUUCUUUCAGUUGUCGAAGAGAACAUCAAAGAACAAAAGAAUCCUCAAAACCCAACUGCUUAUUUCGUUUCUUUCUUGGCCCUUCUUAACCAAAGUUUCAAAGAUGAGGAAAUAAUUGACCAAUCUCUUGCCACUUCCACUGCCUAUUUCUUGGAUCUCGUAUUCCCAUUUGUCCCAAAACCUUUGCUCAAGGCCAAAUUUAGCGAUAUCUUGAUCAAGCUCGCUCCAGCGAUCACCAACGAAGACUCCGAAGCUCCUUUGAUCAGAUCCUGUAUCGGUGCCCUCGAAACUUUACUCAUUGCCCAAGAUGCCAAAGCUUGGAGCUCAAAGUUAAAUAUCUCUCCUUGGAGAGCUCUUCAAGCAUUGCUUGAUCUUUCUUUGGAUCACCGUCCAAAAAUUAGAAAGAGAGCCCAGGAAUCGAUCAACAAAAUUCUUAGCAACCCUCCUCCAAGCCCAACUUUGGGUCACGUUGCUGGUAACCCAUGUAGUGAAUUCGCAUUGAAAUCAAUUGUGGAUUUGCUCAAUUCUAGCGAGGUGAAAUCAAAAAAACCAAAUAAAGAGCUCAACGCCCAGCUAAUCCAUAACCUUCAAUUGAUUCAAACAAUCUCAUCUGCCAACUCAUGGUCAAGUAGUAAAGUUGAGCCACUUUGUGAUGUCCUUCUUGAAAUUUCUAAGACCACCGACCAGUUUCUUGUCACCGCUGCUUUCAGCGUGUUUGAACAUUUGUUUGAUUCUUUGGCCGAUCCUAUUUAUACAGAUAAAUUCAUGACAAUCCUUAAUAUCUUGUUUGAUUUGAAACCUUCUGCCACCGACUUCAACCUUGUCGGCGCAUGGGUUGCCGUGGUUGCCAAAGCUAUUGAAACUUACUCGAAAAUUGAUGCCAUUAAAUGUCUUGGUAAAUUACCUGAAAUCUUCCAGAUCUUGUCGGCUUACUUGAGCUCAGAUAUCCAAUCAAUCUACGUUAGCAGUGCUAACUGUAUUAUUUCUAUCAUCAAUACCAGUAUUCCAGACCCACUCUUGUUGUUACCUCCAGGAACCUCUGAAUAUCCGGUUGAUGAAGAGAAAUACGAAGCGGUAGAUGAAGUAAUUUCCAAGCUUUCUGAAUUGGUCACCGGAUUAUUAUCAGUGAAAUACUCUCAUUGUGCCAAAGAAGUUAUGGAUAUUCUCGGUAACUUGCUCAACAAGCUUAGAUACAGAUCCAACCCAGAUUUGAUCAAGCCUUUCGAAAUUGUCGGUCAAUGGAGAACUGACGAGGAAUCUACCUCUACUUUGGAUUUGAAGGAUGAAGAAGAAUCCGUGAUUUCUAACGCCAUUGUCAAUUUGGGAGCUGAAGUCGUUUUGAGCUCUUUGCCUCUUAACUUGGAAAAACCAACCAAUUCAAAGCCUGGUAGAGCUUGGUUAUUGCCUUUACUCAGAGAAAACGUCCGUCACUCAAGCUUGGGAUACUAUAUCAACAACGUUUUGCCACUUGUCGAUGUCUUUGAUAAGAAAAUUUCCACCUUGGACCAGAAUUCUGUACAUGUCAAAGUCUUCCAAACAGUGGUUGACCAAAUCUGGUCUCUUUUGCCACACUUUUGUGAUUUGCCAAAUGAUUUGCCAACCGCAUUUAAUGUGAAGUUUGCCGAAAAAUUGGCCAGUCUUUUGUAUUCUAAAGUGGAUUUGAGAACAAACAUUUGCAAUGCUUUGAAGAUGAUUGUCGAAAGUAACUUGGUGUAUUCUCAAGGGGUUCUUAGUGAAGAUGUCUUAUUAUCUCAACAAUUCCCAAUUGAAAAUGCUCAAAAGAAUAUUGAAUAUUUGUCAUCUACCAUGGCCGAAAAUAUGCUUUCAGUGUUAUUCAAUGUGUUUUCUCAAACUCACCCAGAUGCCAGAGGCUAUAUCUUGGAAACUAUUGAUAUCUGGUUGAAAAUCACUCCUCCUGCUAUUCUUGAAGAUAAUUUCAAUAAAGUGUGCUCCAUGCUUAAGAGUGGUCUCGAAGAUGAUGACAAAAAUAACAGUUUCCAAACUUCUAACAAUACCAACCUUUCUAAAAACAAGCCACCUCGUUUGAGUGUAACUAUGAUGGACUUGGUGGUAGUCAUGGUUAAAUAUGUCCCAGAAAGCUCUUACAAUGCGCUUUUUGCAAUUUUCAAUUUGACCAACGGUAUAGCUGAUAGUUUGAUUCAAAAACGUUCAUACAGAAUCAUUUCCAAGCUUUCAGAGAUUGAAAUUGGUCAAGCUGCUUUGAAGAAUUUCGUUUCUGAUAUUGAAAAAGUGAUUAUUGAUUCCAGUGAAAAGGCUUUGCCUUCUGCCAAAGGGCCCCGUUUGGUUGCCAUCAACAAGAUUUUGGAUAUCUUGCCAUCAGAUCAUUUAUUCUUUGUGCCAAGUGUCGCCUCGGAAAUCAUUUUGGCCACAAAAGACGUCAAUGAAAAGUCCCGUCAACUCGCUUAUGCUGUUUUGAUGCAAAUGGGUAAACUUUUAGCUCAAGGUGGUACCAUUGAGAAUGGGAAAGUUCCAGGUUUGGACCCAUCAACUCCAAGUGUCGAAGCGACAUUAUCAGAAUACUUCACUAUUGUUUCUGCCGGUCUUGCUGGUUCUUCUCCACACAUGAUUAGUGCCACCAUCACUGCUUUGAGUUGUUUGGUGUACGAAUUCCUCGAUGACUUGCCCCAAGAGUUCCUCCAGGAAAUCUCCUCGACUAUUGAAUUGUUUUUGACUUCCAAUAACCGUGAAAUCGUCAAGAGUACCAUCGGGUUUGUGAAAGUCGAAGUUUUGAGUUUACCAGUGGAACUUAUCCAGCCAAAAUUGAAGACUUUAUUGGAAUAUCUUAUGAGAUGGUCACAUGAACACAAGGGCCACUUCAAGCUUAAGGUCAAGCAUAUCAUUGAGCGUAUGAUUAGACGUUUUGGUUAUGAGAACAUGGAAGCCAACAUGCCAGAAGCCGACUUGAAAUUGCUCGUAAAUAUCAAGAAGACCAAGAUGAGAAACAAAAAGAAACAAGCUGCUGCUGCUGCUGCUGGUGAGGAAGAAUCCGCCGAUAAGAAACAGGGCAAGAAGUUUGUCUCUGCUUAUGAUGAAGUCUUGUACGAUGAAGACUCAAGCGAUGAUGAAGAAGAUGACGAUGAGUCUGAUGUGGAAAUGUCCGGUGGUAAAGGUAAGGGUAAGUCUAAGCAAUUUAUUAUCGAAUCCAAGGAUUCUCCAUUGGAUUUUUUGGAUAAACAAGCUCUUGCCCACAUUUCUUCUUCCAGACCAGAUUUCAAGAAUAACAGUGCGCCAAAAUCCUUGGCUAAUAAAUUCAAGUCUAGGAAUGGUAAGUUUGUCUUUAAUGAAGAAGGUAACGUCGAGGAAGAAGGUGAUGAUUUGUUGAAGAAUAAGGAUAACUCCGUCAAUGCUUAUAUUGAUGCCGUGAAGCAAGGCCCAAUCAGAGGCCAAAGAAACAGAUUGAAGUAUAAGAGAGGUAAAACAAACGUCGAAGAUGAUGAUGAUUUAAGUGAUAAUGAAGAAACACCUACCAAGGCUAAGACUAGAUUCGUGGCUAAGAAUUCAGGUAAGAUUGGUAAAGAUGAAAGAGGCGAAAGAGGCGGAAGAGGAGGAAGAGGAGGAAGAGGAGGAAGAGGAGGAAGAGGAGGAAGAGGAGGAAGAGGAGGAAGAGGAGGAAGAGGUGGUAGAAGAUAA